AUGGGAUUCUCGAAAAAGCAUCAAGCAGAUUCAGAAUCUAUGGAAGGUAAAAAAUGGAUGAUUGCUGGAAUCACCUUACGUGCUCCUCUGAAACCUAUAUCUACCAAAAUUUCUAAUGAAGAAGAUGAUGAAACGUCCAACUCCGGUUCAACAACUCCGACGUCGAAUCAAUCGAGGAUACCGGAAGUAUUGCCGUGUCCGCCGCCGCCGAGGAAACGCCGGCCGGUGUCUACGUGUCACAAUAAUGGAAACAGGGAGUUUUUCACUUCGCCUGAUAUUGAUUCGUUUUUUAAAAUCUUUCCUAAUACUGGAAAAGCUAAUUGA